CUCUCUCUUUCUCUCUCUACACACAAACACAGAAAAAUGGCUCCAGAAGAAGAGGAAGAAGAACGAGACAAGUCCAGUAGCGAAGACGACGACGCCUUCGAUGAGGAUAUGGAAGCCCUAAAACGUGCCUGUAUGAUCACCGGUACCGAUCCUCAUGAUCUCCACAAUCCUUCAUCCCCUUCCGCCGCCCCCACCGCCGGCGAAUCUAUCUCCCAAGACGACGACGACGAUGAUGAUGAAGAUGACCUUGAGCUGGUUCGGAAUAUAAAGAACCGGUUCUCGACAUUCUCCGACGUAUUCGAACCUCUGUCGCUGAAGCCUCUUUGUGUUCUGCCACCGGCUACGUCCGAUGACGACGAGGAUGAUGAUUUUGAAACCCUUCGUGCCAUACAGAAGCGCUUUGCGGCAUAUGAUUAUGAUGCUUUGAAAAAUAGCACAGAGACUUCUUUGGAGACACAAGAGCAGGUUCCUGAUCCUCGUGUAUCCUUGGAGAAGGGCUCUUGCACUGAUUUGAUUGUUCAUAGAAAUGAUGCCUGCAGCCCUUCAGGUUCUGAGUAUGCUUGUGGCACCACCCCUCAGUCGGAUGGCCAUUUGGAGAUGCAGCCUGCUGCUGAAAUUACAUGGCAUCACAGAAAUAACUCAAACCCAUCAACAUCACAAUCCAACUAUUCAAGCUUCCCCAAAUCUGCAAGGGUUUUUAUGGAUGCCAUUAAAAAAAAUAGGUCUUUUCAAAAGAUUUUAAGGAGUAAGUUGAUUCAGAUUGAAACAAAAAUUGAGGAGAACAAGAAGUUGAAGGAACGAUUUAAAAUCCUCAGAGAUUUUCAGGUUAAUUGCAAAAGAAGAACUGGACGUGCUUUAUCCCAAUUGAAAGAUUCUCGUGUUCAGUUGAUUUCACGGAAGAAGUCAUGGCCUUGUAAGGAUUCAAAGGUUCAUGAUAAAAGGAUCCCUGUUACGUAUUAUGGCCCGGCAGAGAAUUCUCAUGUUGCAAAUUACAAAAUGGCUUUGACAAAGUUCCCAUUGUCAUUAGAUCGUAAAAAAUGGUCAGAGAAUGAGAUACAAAAUCUUGAAAGGGGAAUUCAGCAACAAUUUCAAGAAAAGAUGGUUCAAGUUAUGGUGGAUCGGCUGAGUGGUGGCACUGGAGAAUAUCAUGAUAUCUCAAAUGAUCUUGACAACAUUUUAGCAUCAAUAAAGAAUCUCGACAUCACUCCAGAAAAUAUUAAAGCUUUUCUGCCCAAGGUUAAUUGGGAGCAUUUGGCUUUUAUGCAUGUAGUGGGACGUUCUGGUGCAGAAUGUGAAGCGAGGUGGUUGAACUUUGAAGAUCCUUUGAUCAAUCGUAAUCCAUGGACUGCUGAAGAGGAUAAAUAUCUUUUGUUAUUUAUCCAGGAGAAGGGGAUCAAUAAUUGGAUUGAUAUUGCUGCAUCAUUGAGAACAAACAGGACUCCUUUUCAAUGCUUGGCACGCUAUCAGAGGAGUUUGAAUGUUUCGAUAUUGAAAAGGGAGUGGACCAAGGAUGAGGAUGCUAAACUUCGUUCUGCUGUUGAAAUAUUUGGUGAGAGUGAUUGGCAAUCUGUAGCUUCUGUUUUAGAAGGAUGGACUGGUACCCAAUGCUCCAAUAGGUGGAAAAAGUCUCUCCAUCCAACUAGAGAAAAAGUAGGUAGGUGGACUGCAGAUGAAGACAAACGACUUAAAGUGGCUCAGUUGUUGUUUGGACCUAGAAAUUGGAAGAAAACAGCUCAAUUUGUGCCAGGUCGGACAGAGGUGCAAUGUAGAGAAAGAUGGGUGAAUUCUUUAGACCCUUCUUUGAACUGGGAUAAAUGGACUGUAGAAGAGGAUGCCAAGCUGAGAGCAGCUAUUGCUGAACAUGGAUAUUGCUGGGCUAAGGUUGCUGCAGCAAUGCCAAGACGCACUGAUAACAUGUGCCGGAGGAGAUGGAAGAAGUUGCUUCCAGAUGAGGUGCCUUUGCUUCAAGCAGCUAGAAGAAUACAAAAAGCCGCUUUUAUAGGAAAUUUUGUAGAUCGAGAGUCAGAGCGUCCUGCUCUUUGCCCUAGUGAUUUUGGUCCAUUACAAUUGAUGACUACUAGUGAGAACAUUAAUCAAUCUAACAAACAGGCUGGAAAGCUAAGAGAAGCAAGGAAGGAGAAUUUGAAAAAGUCCCGAGAAAACUCUCGAACAGAUCGAAAGAAAGUCUUGGGAAUAAGUAACAUAAGUAACUGUGGUCAGGCUGAAACACAAGGUUCACAAAAGAGUAAGCCAGAAACUAAAAAGAGAAAACAAUCAUAUAAACCACGUUCUAAGAAGACAGACCUCACUGAACCAGAGAGGGAAUGUCUUCUGUUAGAGCCUGAAAAAUUGAAUCUAACAGGUGACAGUGGUUGGACCGAGCCGCAUGAAGCCAUUAACAGGCAAGGUUCACAAGAGACUAAACCAGAAACUAAAAAGAGAAAACGACCUUAUAAACCACGUUCUAAGAAGACAGACCUCAUUGAACCAAAUGAAGAGAGGGAAUGUCUUCUGUUACAGCCUGAAAAAUUGAAUCUAACAGGCGAUGGUGAUUGGACUGAGCCUGUUGGUCAGGCUGAUAGAUUUGGUUCACAUGAAGCCAUUACCAGGCAAGGUUCACAACAGAGUAAACCAGAGACUAAAACGAGAAAACGGCCUUAUAAACCGCGUUCUAAGAAAACAGACCUCACUGAACCAAAUGAAGAGAGAGAAUGUCUUCUGUUGCAGCCUGAAAAAUUGAAUCUAACAAGUGAUGGUGAUUGGACUAAGCCUCUUGGCCAGGCUGAUAAAUUUGAUGUGCAUGAAGCCAUUACUAGGCAAGGUUCACAAAAGAAGAGUAAACCAGAUGCUAAAAAGAGAAAACGAUCUUCUAAAGCAUGCUCUAAGAUGACAGAACUUGCUGAACCAAAUGAAGAGAUUACUCGGCGAGAUUCACAAAAGAAGAGUAAACCAGAUGCUAAAAAGAGAAAACGAUCUUCUAAAGCAUGCUCUGAGAUGACAGAACUGGCUGAACCAAAUGAAGAGAGGGAGGAUCUUCUGUUACAGCCUGAAAUAUUGAAUUUAACAAGUAAUGGUGAUUGGACCGAGCCUCUUGGUGAAUGUAAUACUGCAUCAACCAAAACAAAAAGAGCUAGUACGCCACAAAAUACCGAAACGAGUUUGAAGCAGAAUUAUAGUGGAAAAAGUACUCCAGAUUCAGGAGAACAUCAACCUUCCAGUCUAUCUUCUGAUAAGUCAUUGCUAACAGGAAUUGCUACUGAUGUCACAGUUCAGCAUGGUCGUUCAUCAUGCCUGGAUUCAACAGAAAUAACAGCAAUUGGUGGUAAGAAGAUUGACACUCCUUGUGAAAAUGAUAAAAUCGCCUCAGAGAAAACGAAAGGUACUAAACAGUACCGCCGACGGGCAAAAGAAGUUGUAUCAGUUCCUUCUCGACAAAAGGGACUGAAUGUAGUCACUGCAGAUCUUGACAUUCCACCAACGGGCAUAGUCUGUUCUGAUCAGAAUGUAGUCACUGCAGAUCUGGACAUUCUGCCGACGGGCAUAGUCUGUUCUGAUCAGAAUGUAGUCACUGCAGAUCUGGACAUUCCACUUAUUUGCUUCCUAAAAAAUAGAGCAAAGAAGAGAAAACUUAAAGUUAAUGGUUGUGGUAGUAAUCAAUCUUGCCCUCCAUUGAUUAUUCAGCAGGAAGCAGAUACAUCUAAUGCUGGAAGUGUAAUGCCCAUGCCAAAUGGUGAGUUGACAAGCUGUGACGACCGAGCUUCUGACAAGUUUCCAUUGUGCAAUGUGACAUCUGGUCUUGUAAUGGAUAACUCUGCUGCUUUUGCUGGUGACAAUGAGGCUGGUAGACCAUUUCUUGAUAUGGAAAUGGAGAGCAUUGAUGUGGAAAGUGGUAUCGAUGCUAAUAACAUUUCUGUUGUUUCCCUUGCGCAAGAGCAACCAGAGAUGGAGCAGCAAACCCGCAAAAGUGACACCGAGCCAUGUCAUCCAUCCAGUUUGAUCAGGGGAUCCCAGUUGCUUUCCAAAAGAGUAAACCAACUCAACGAUGGGAAUCGUGCAACCACUGCAUCCAGCGAACAAAAGCCCAGCGAACAAGAUCUAGGUACCGGACAUGAAGUUGCUCCCGAGGGACCGAAGAUGAAACAGGCUGAAAAUGACAAUAAGGUUGGUGGUGUAACUUUUGCUUACGUUCGUCAAAACAGAUUGCGAAAAAAGAAGCAUCUUCAAUUUACCUAAUGGUAGUAGUAGUAGUUUUCUGGUAGAAAAAUGUCUUUGAUUUUGAUACAGAGAGUGCCAAUGAUGCUGGACGUCUGAAGUUUUUAAGUGAUCACAGUCGUUUGGUUGAAGGAAUUAUUCUUUCGGUGGACAUGAAUUGGUGAGUUUCCCCUAUAUAUAUAUUUUUUUGGACCCUUCUCAAGAGCUGAAUCAUUUGUGAUAUUAUUAUAUAAGAGAAAAAGAAAAAUAGAUUAAAGCGUUUUCUAAUAGGAGACAAGUGUUAGUUGAUAGAAGAGAGCAUUUUAACGAAUUCAAGCUGUAUAGUGGCCUUUUGGCUUUUAUGAUUCAGUGUAUUUAGGGUUUUGAUUUGUUUGUCAAUUUUUUAUUCUCUUUUGCUGAUUCUUCUUUUUGUAGUCUAACGUCUUCAUUUGUUUAUUUUGUGACAAACAAAUGUUGGAGAUAAGUUUUUGUUACCAUCUA